CUGCUUCGCGCGCUCUUAGGUCGCGAGACGCGGUCGGCCCAGCUGGGCUGGGGGGGCGGUGGGCAACGGUAGGUGGGCUGAGCGUGGCGUUUCCGUUGGUCGGCGGCUACUGAGCUGCCCCCGCGCCCCCGAGAAAGCCCGUCCGCCGAGGUGGAGCGAGGCUUUAAACCGUUGCCGCCCUCUCCGCCCUUAGAGCUCUCCCAGGAUACCUCAGAUUUCCCUGGAGUCGGGAGCUCGAGGGGCGCGCUCGGCCUUUACUCCGCUCGCGCUGCGAGCGGCCGCCGGCCGGGCCAGCACCUCGCGUGUGGGACCGCCUCCCUUAGCCCCUGUGCCCCUGCGAGAAGAGUUGAAUGGGUGCCGGUGGUUGGAGGUGUCCCCCGGCGGCAAGUGUGGUCACAGCACCGGGCGCUGUUAAGUUUUAUGCGCGCACGUUGCAAGGACUGUGUGUGAGUCUGGUGUGAUUUGGCAUCCUGAGAGUCUGUCUUAGCAAGAAGGAAGUGGAAAAUACUCUUGAAAAGAAACUAAGACAAUAAGGAAGCCAGAACUUACUUUUACAUGGUGAUCUGCUCACUUACCAGUAUGGACACUUUUCCCACCAUAUUUCCUCCUGGUGGAGACAGUGGGCUGACAGAUUCUCAGUCUGAAUUCCAAAAAAUGUUAAUUGAUGAAAGGUUACGAUGUGAACAUCAUAAAACGAACUAUCAGACUCUCAAAGUUGAACACACAAGGUUGCAACAUGAGUACAUAAAGUCACAAAAUGAACUUAAGCGCCUGUUAAGUGAAAGACAAACUGACCAGGAAAAACUUCAGCUGCUGCUUGAAGAGCUACGAGGGGCUUUAAUAGAGAAAACUAAAGAGUUAGAAGAAAUGAAACUGCAGGUAUUAACUCCACAAAAGUUGGAACUGUUACGAACUCAAAUACAACAAGAAUUAGAAACUCCAAUGAAGGACCGUUUUAGGAAUCUGGAUGAAGAAGUGGAAAAGUAUAGAGCUGAAUAUAAUAAACUCCGCUAUGAACAUACAUUUCUCAAAUCAGAAUUUGAGCACCAGAAAGAAGAAUUUGCACGUAUUCUAGAAGAAGAAAAAAUAAAAUAUGAAUCAGAGAUUUCAACAUUGGAGAAAGAUAAAGAAGAACUACGUAAUCAACUGCUUAGUGUUGAUUCCACAAGAGACAGCAAACGAGUGGAGCAACUUGUUCAAGAAAAAGUCAGUUUGUUUCAGAAAGUAAAAGGUUUAGAGGCUGAAGUAGAAGAAUUAAGGGCUAAAAAAGAAAAUUCUAGUGCUCAGGUAGAAAAUAUCCAAAGAAUUCAGGUGCGGCAGUUGGCUGAGAUGCAGGCUACAGUCAGAUCCCUAGAGGCUGAAAAACAGUCAGCUAAACUACAGGCUGAACGCUUGGAAAAAGAGCUACAAUCAAUCAGUGAACAAAAUACUGAUUUAAUUAGUAAAUUGCAUAAAGCUGAACGGGAAACCAAUACACUGACCAGUAAAGUAAAAGAACUUAAACAUUCAAACAAACUAGAAAUAACAGACAUCAAACUGGAGGCAGCAAGAGCUAAGAGUGAGCUAGAAAGAGAGAGGAAUAAGAUUCAAAGUGAACUGGAUGGGUUACAGUCAGACAAUGAAGUUCUCAAGUCAGCACUUGAACACCACAAAGCACUCCUAGUAGAAAAGGAUCGUGAAUUAAUACGUAAAGUACAAGCUGUUAAGGAAGAAGGUUAUCAAAAACUUGUGAUAUUACAAGAUGAAAAGCUAGAACUUGAGAACAGAUUAGCGGAUUUAGAGAAAAUGAAAGUGGAACGUGAUGUCUGGAGACAAUAUGAAAAGGAUCAGUGUGAAGAGAAGUUGCGGGCUUCACAGAUGGCAGAAGAGUCGGCCAGAAGGGAACUUCAGAGUAUUAGGUUAAAACUUGAACAACAAAUUGUGAAUAUUGAAAAUGCAGAGAAAGAAAAACAUGAAAAUGCUGACCUGAAACAGCAAAUCAGUAGUUUGCAGAUCCAGUUGAUGUCAUUUGGAGAGUCAGAGAAGGAGUUGUUGAAUUCAAACCAAAUACUGAAGGAAACAGUGGAGAAGUUAAAACAGGAAUGCCGAAAUUUAAGAAGCCAAGCUGACAAAGCACAACUAGAAGUUGAAAGGACUUUGGAAGAUAAACAGAUACAGUGGUUGGAAGAAAAACAUAAAUUUCAGGAACGUAUCACUGACAGAGAAGCAAAGUAUAAUCAAGCUAAAGAAAAACUGCAGCGAGCUGCAAUCGCCCAGAAAAAGAGAAAAUCUCUUCAUGAAAACAAAUUGAAGAGACUGCAGGAGAAAGUAGAAAUCUUAGAGGCAAAGAUAGAAGAAUUAGAAACAGAAAAUCAGGUGUUAAAUAGAAAAAAUGUUCCAUUUGAAGAAUAUACAAGGCUUCAAAAAAGACUAAAGGACAUACAGAGAAGACAUAAUGAAUUUCGAAGUUUAAUUUUGGUUCCUAACAUACCUCCAACAGCAUCCAUCAAUCCUGUUAGUGUUCAGGCGUCAGCCAUGGUUCCAGGCAUGGACCUGUCGUUUCCUCCUCAUAUGCAGGAGGAACAGCAUCAAAGGGAACUCUCUCUACUUCGCAAAAGACUUGAAGAACUAGAAACAACACAAAGGAAACAACUAGAGGAACUUGGAUCUCCUGGGGAAUGAUGUUCAUGGGAAAAAGGCAGAUCAAAAGGGAUGAAAUCAGUGUGACUCAAUAAAGCUUGAAGUUUUACCGUA